CACCCAUUUGUCCAGACAUACAGAGGCGCUGUGUGAGCUGCAUCUCCUUCGAUAUAAGCGUCCUCACCGUUUCCGAGCCUCACCUCAGCGGCCGAUGCACAUGCAUUCAAUUCCCAGACAGCGGUCAUUUGUGAAUCUUCCCUACACGGCAGACUCCCGCCAGUCACCCCAUUCCUCCCGACGAGCCACUGCUGCCACAUGUGAAUCGGGUGUGCAGAUCAGGAAUAGCCUUCACGGCGGCUGUCGAUAUUGUCACAAUGCAGAGUCACCGUCUCUGGGGCUGAAUUGGGGCUUGUGGAUGAUCGCAUCGGGUCGAUAAACUACCUACAGCCUAGGAUAGACAUCAUAUGAUAGACCGGUCUGCUAUGGCCUCUACAGUCGACGACCAUGUCUUGCCGACAUUGGACCUUGACAUUGCGCUGCACUUGACGGAUGCUGGGGCUGUCGCGGAUAUGCCUGACCUGGAGCUGGACGAGCAGAGCCCCUUGUUAGCCGCUGAAGUCACCCCUCAAGGGACGACUCCGACGCCCUCUGACGAAGGAGGGGCUUCAACUCCCAAUAGCACUUCUGUGAACACGCCCCGGACAUUGGCUGGUCGCGGUAAACGGAAAGGCAAGGCCGCGACGAAGCCUAGGCGGGUCCGCACCGGCUGUUUAACAUGUCGAGAGCGGCAUCUGAAGUGUGACGAGGCCCUUCAUCAAUGCCAGAACUGCCGCAAAUCGGGCAGGAUAUGCAGGCGUGGUAUCCGCUUGAAUUUUAUAGAUACUCAGACCGCGACGCCCCCGCACUGUGUGGUGCGCCUACAGGGCAAUCGGGUUACCUUCCGAGACGAGUCUCGCAUCAUUGCGUCAGAAUAUGUGGGAGGAUUUGAGAGGUACCCUCCACUUGUUGCCGAGGAGUCCGAGACUCCAGGCAAGACGGGGUCUCUGAACUCGAACACGCCCAUCACAACUAAGGACAGCUACAUGCAAGGGCUCGGGAAUGUCCCGUCCGAGAAUCUUGGCGCCUCGCUCAAUAGCCUUCCUCCGGUAUCUCCGUUUCCAGACCCAAGCACUUCAUAUGCCCCCUUCAGAUCGACACGGCAUGGCCAUAUCAACUCGACUAACCAUACGUGCCUCAACAACCCAGAGGAGGUCUUUCUUCUGCAAGUGUUCGUGGAGGAAGUUGGGCUGUGGAUGGACUCUAUGGAUGCGGUGCAACAUUUCACCCACGUCUUACCAUUCCAUGCGUUGGAGGAGCCAAUGCUCUUCAAGGCUAUUUUGGCCUGUGGGGCGCGGCAUCUGUUUCACGUCAACACGUCUUACGGAGAGGAGAAGGCUGCCCUGUUCCAUGAUGAAGCUUCUCAGUAUCUUCUGCGCUCCUUGCAGGAUCCCGACCGCGAUUCUGCAUUAUGUGCCACCACGGCCAUUCUCUUGAACAUCUACGAGCUGAUGUCGGGUCGACCUAUUCAGGGCAUGAGUCAUAUCGCCGGAGCUAGAGCACUGAUCAAAGAAUGCAGCUGGGAUGCGAAGACACCAGGUCUCGGCGGUGCAUGUUUCUGGUUGAAUGUGAGCAUGGAGUUGAUCAGUUGUCUGCACUUCAACUGGGCGCUUUCUUGGAACCCAGACUCUUGGGGGGUUGAGCUGGAGUUCGACCAGGCCCAGCCCAGCGUGGCCGGCAACGAAGAAGCGUGGACUCACAAAAUGGUUUUUAUCUGUGCCAAGGUCGCGAAUUUCCGGUCAACGGGUCAGGACCAGGGCGUGGAGGAUUCGAUGAGUGAUACACAGGUAAGCCAGCGUUACCAGGAAUGGUGUAUGUAUAACGAGUGGUGCGACCAAUGGGCCAGGGCCGUGCCGCGAUCUAUGAUGCCGGUGGGCUAUCUCCAUUCGUGGCAGACCAACUCCAAGUCGGUGUUUCCGGAGAUCUGGCUUAUCAAACGUUCGACGAUUGUGGCGCAACUUCUUUAUCAUACUACUCGCCUCCUCUUAACCAAAACAAAUCCUCUCGAGUCCGAGUUCAGCGCCGAGAUGCAGACCAUCCAACAAGGCCAUGCGCGGGAUAUCUGCGGGAUUGUUGCGCACUCCAAGGAUCGCGGCGUAGCCAGCCUGUCCAUCCGUUUCCUCGCCAUCGCCGCGGGAUGUCUCGUAACACGAGAAGCCCAGCACGAGGUCUUUGAGAUCUUGGAUAACAUCAUCAAGGAGACGGGGUGGCGGGCGGAGAAUGUCAAGAACGAACUACAGGCGGCGUGGGGCUGGAGCAGCCAUCAUGGCCCGCCGAUGGCCACGUCGGAGGAGAUUGUGGCGAUGUUCGGCAAUGAGCAGCAGCAAGCUCUGCGACCCAGCCAUAUUCCGCCGGCUAGGAUGACCGGGGCGGUCAAUCCGCUCAUGGCGACGGCGGAUUUCUCGAUGGAAAACCAUCCGUAUCAGGAUCAUUAUGUUGCGCCGCAUCGAGCGUUGGACUUUUCAUUUGGGUUGUAGUCGGUUAUAGUGGUUGUAGUAUAGAUUGAGGCUCUUGGCGUUUGCUUGGUACUGCGGUGAGAGGAGGUCUCUUUGGUGCAUAGACCGUGC